AUGGCCCCUUGGACAGAACGGCUUAGAGCCAAGUUAGGCAGAAAGAAACCAUUGACGGCCCCGCUUGGUGAAGCGUCAUCCACUUCCACUGUCCCACACGCAUCGGCAGCUCUUGAUCCUGCCGCGUCACAGCCCAGCUUACCAGAGCGACUGUGGAAUCAAGCAUACGACCAGGCAAAGGCGGGUGAUUUGAGUAUCGUUGAUACAUAUGAGAGGAUUCUUUCCGCCCAAUUGAGCCAAAAAAAUGCAGACCCAGCAGACCUUGCGUCGCAGCAGAACGAGAUCGAUCAGAACCCAGAGAAACGAUGGGUACAGAUGCGCCGGCUCGUUCAGGACGGGCUGCACAGGACAGAAAAGGAAACCAAUGUGAAGCAAGGCAUGGAAGACGGCAUCCAAGCCGCUAUGGCCGUGAAAGAGGUCGUAGACAAGGCAAUCAAAGCGGCGCCAGAAGCGGCUCUCGCCUGGGUUGGCGUGUGCCUUGCGCUAGAGAUCUUGAUGAACCCACUCACUCAGGCGAGCUCUAACCGACAAGGCAUUGCCUACGUUGUCUCGAGGAUGGACUGGUACUGGAACCUGUCAAGCCUCCUACUAGAUGAGAACAUUACUGAAGGGCGCCCCCAAGGACUACGGGGUGAGCUCGAGAAGAACAUUACCCAUCUCUACGCGAAGCUUCUGCUGUACCAGAUGAAAAGCGUAUGCUAUUACCACCGCCGACGACUUUCCGUGCUCGCGCGGGAUCUGAUCAAACUUGACGACUGGGGUGGCGAGUUAAACGACAUACAGGCUACGGAAGCGGCCGUGCAAAGGGACUCAGAGCAGUACAACACGCUCUCGAUCAGGUCUCGCCUUGGCUCCAUUGCCGAGACGGCUAAGUCGCAGAAUACCAAGCUCGAUAGCAUUAGUUCGGCUAUUCGGGAGCAAAGUAGGCAGCAGGAGAGGAUGCACGAGACCAGUGCGGACAACAAGUGCCUGGCAGAUCUGUGCAGCACUGAUCCUCGUGAUGAUAAGACGCGUAUCGAAAGCACCAAAGGCGGCCUGCUCCAGGACUCGUAUCUCUGGAUCCUUGAAAAUCCCGGCUUUCAACAAUGGCGCAAUGACCCGCAAAGCCGACUGCUCUGGAUCAAGGCUGAUCCUGGUAAGGGCAAGACGAUGCUGCUUUGUGGGAUUAUCAACGAGCUGAGAAAGUCGAUGGCCAAGACAGGUCUUCUGUCCUACUUCUUCUGUCAGGCCACAGACUCGCGCAUUAAUAAUGCCACGGCCGUGCUGCGAGGCUUGGUGUACUUGCUUGUCGAUCAGCAGCCAUCGCUAAUCUCGUAUAUACGGAAGAAGUACGAUCAUGCAGGCAAAAGCCUCUUUGAGGAUGCAAAUGCCUGGGUUGCCUUGUCCGAGAUCUUCAUCAACCUUCUGCAAGACCCUAGCUUGAAUAGUACGUACUUGGUCGUCGACGCGCUCGACGAAUGCAUGGCAGACUUGCCGAAACUGCUAGACUUCAUCGUCCAGAGUUCGUCUAUGUCCUCUCGCGUCAAGUGGAUCGUCUCUAGCCGCAACUGGCCGGACAUCGAGGAACAUCUUGAACGAGCGGGACACAAGGUGAGGCUGUCCCUGGAACUCAAUGCUGAGUCUGUGUCUACAGCUGUCAGCACAUUCAUUCGGCACAAAGUACUUCGGCUGGCGGAACAAAAGAAGUACGACGAUAAAACGCGAGACGCCGUGCUAGCUCACCUGUCCGCAAAUGCGAAUGACACUUUCCUCUGGGUAGCUUUGGUCUGUCAAAAUCUCGAGAAGAUCUCACGGUGGAACAUCCUCACGAAGCUGAACACAUUUCCACCUGGACUCGACUCUCUUUACAAGCAAAUGAUGAAGAAAAUACGCAACUCGGAUGAUGCUGAUCUCUGCAAGCGGAUACUGGCCUCGAUCGCGAUCAUAUACCGACCCAUCACGCUAAAAGAACUAACAUCUCUUGUCGAGAUGCCUGAAGACAUGGCCGAUGACCUAGAGUCGUUACGGGGGAUUAUUGGCUACUGUGGCUCGUUUCUUACUCUGCGAGAGGACACGGUUUAUUUUGUGCAUCAGUCCGCAAAGGACUUUUUAUUCGCAGAGGCAUCCGAAGAUGUCUUUCCCUGUGGAAGGGCAGAAGCCCACUACAUUGUCUUCUCCAGAUCGCUCCAAGCCUUGUCUAAGAUGUUAGACCGAGACAUGUACAACUUGCGUGCGUUAGGAUAUCCUGCCGAGCGAAUUAAGCAGCCAGACCAAGAUCCUCUAGCAGUGUCGCGCUAUUCGUGUAUCUACUGGGUCGAUCACCUCUACAACUCAGAUUCCAAAUCUUCUGCAAAUCACGAGGUUGGUCUGCAAGAUGGAGGCGCUGUUCACCAAUUCCUAAGAAAAAAGUAUCUUUACUGGCUGGAGGCUCUUAGCCUGUGCAAGAGCAUGUCGAAGGGUGUAGUUUCAAUGGCGAAACUAGAGACUUUAAUCCAGGGAAGAGCAGACGCCUCUGCAUUAACUGAACUAGUUCUAGAUGCACGUCGAUUUAUUAUGUAUCACAAGUGGGCAAUAGAACAAAGCCCUCUUCAGGCGUAUGCGUCGGCACUCGUGUUCACUCCAGCCCGCAGCCUGAUGAGGGGUCUUUUCAAGGAGGAAGAGCCGAAACAAAUCAUGAUAAAGCCAGAUGUGAGAGAUCAAUGGAGUGCUUGCCUGCAGACGCUGGAGGGCCAUAGCAGUUCGGUCUGGUCAGUGGCCUUCUCCCACGACUUGACACGGCUGGCGUCGGGGUCGCAGGACAACACGGUCAAGAUCUGGGAUGCGAGCAGCGGCGAGUGCCUGCAGACGCUCGAGGGCCAUAGCGGUUCGGUCAACUCAGUAGCCUUCUCCCACGACUCGACACGGCUGGCGUCGGGGUCGCAGGACAGCACGGUCAAGAUCUGGGAUGCGAGCAGCGGCGAGUGCCUGCAGACGCUCGAGGGCCAUAGCGGUUCGGUCAACUCAGUGGCCUUCUCCCACGACUCGACACGGCUGGCGUCGGGGUCGCAGGACAGCACGGUCAAGAUCUGGGAUGCAAGCAGCGGUGAGUACCUGCAGACGCUCGAGGGCCAUGGCAGUUGGGUCUGCUCAGUAGCCUUCUCCCACGACUCGACACGGCUGGCGUCGGGGUCGGAGGACAGCACGGUCAAGAUCUGGGAUGCGAGCAGCGGCGAGUGCCUGCAGACGCUCGAGGGCCAUAGCGGUUGGGUCUGCUCAGUGGCCUUCUCCCACGACUCGACACGGCUGGCGUCGGGGUCGCAGGACAGCACGGUCAAGAUCUGGGAUGCAAGCAGCGGUGAGUACCUGCAGACGCUCGAGGGCCAUAGCGGUUCGGUCAACUCAGUAGCCUUCUCCCACGACUCGACACGGCUGGCGUCGGGGUCGCAGGACAGCACGGUCAAGAUCUGGGAUGCGAGUAGCGGCGAGUGCCUGCAGACGCUCAAGGGCCAUAGCGGUUGGGUCUGCUCAGUGGCCUUCUCCUACGACUCGACACGGCUGGCGUCGGGGGCGGAGGACAGCACGGUCAAGAUCUGGGAUGCGAGUAGCGGCGAGUGCCUGCAGACGCUCAAGGGCCAUAGCGGUUGGGUCUGCUCAGUGGCCUUCUCCCACGACUCGACACGGCUGGCGUCGGGGUCAGUGGAUAACACAGUCAAGAUCUGGGAUGCAAGCAGCGGUGAGUACCUGCAGACGCUCGAGGGCCAUAGCGGUUCGGUCAACUCAGUAGCCUUCUCCCACGACUCGACACGGCUGGCGUCAGGGUCGGAGGACAGCACGGUCAAGAUCUGGGAUGCGAGCAGCGACGAGUGCCUACAGACGUUCAAGGUUGACAAGGCACUUAUGGACAUAUCAUUUGACAUUACAGACUCAUAUCUUCACACUGAAAUUGGUACUAUCGUUAUUGAUGCAUCAUCAGUUUCGAAUAUUACACCGACUGUUACAGAACCUCAAAAUCCUCAAUAUCAUGGCUAUGCUUUGAGUUCGAAUAAAGCAUGGAUAACAUAUCGUUCAAAGAACCUGUUAUGGCUACCCUCGGAGUAUCGACCAUUCUGUUCGACCGUGUCGGGGGAGACGAUCGCCUUCGGUACCCGAUCUGGAAAGGUAUGGAUAUGCAGCUUCGAGCUUGAAAAUCUUAAGGACUUUGUGGCGUAA